GGCUGAGACUGGACCAGCAGAGCCGAGGACCUCCACACAACCCUCACGACUACAAAAAAAAAAAAAACCAGGCCAGUCCAUCUUGAGCGGUCAUGUCGGCCAAAGCCAUCUCAGAGCAGACGGGAAAGGAGUACCUCUACAAGUUCAUCUGUACAUCGGCGCCAGUCCAGAACAGAUUCCGCUACGCCAACGUCACAACCCAAACCGACUUUCAGCGGCUGGCGCUGGAGCACCCAUGGCUGCUCACAGAGAGGCUGGUGGUGAAGCCGGACCAGCUGAUUAAGAGGAGAGGGAAGCUCGGUCUGGUCGGCGUCAAUCUGGACCUGAACGGGGUCAAAGAGUGGCUCAAGCCCCGCCUCAUGAAAGAGACGAUGGUGGGGAAAGCUAAAGGCGUUCUGAAAAACUUCCUCAUAGAGCCAUUUGUCCCUCAUCUGCAGGAGGAGGAGUUCUAUGUGUGCAUAUACGCCGCUCGGGAGGGGGACUACGUGCUGUUUCACCACGAGGGUGGGGUGGAUGUCGGAGACGUGGACUCCAAGGCGCAGAAGCUGCUGAUUGGGGUGGAUGAAAAGAUCAGCGAAGAUCAGGUGAAGAAAGAACUGCUGGCAAAGGCUCCCAGUGACAAGAAAGCGAUUCUUGCCAGCUUCAUCGUCGGACUCUUCAACCUGUAUGAGGACCUCUUCUUCACAUACCUGGAGAUCAACCCUCUGGUGGUGACAAAGGAUGGCGUCUAUGUGUUGGACAUGGCAGCGAAGAUCGACGCAACAGCUGAUUACAUUUGCAAAUCCAAGUGGGGUGACGUGGAGUUCCCUCCGCCGUUCGGCAGAGAGGCCUACCCGGAGGAAGCCUACAUCGCCGAUCUUGAUGCAAAGAGCGGUGCCAGUCUCAAACUGACUCUGCUGAAUCCUCUUGGCAGAAUCUGGACCAUGGUGGCCGGAGGCGGUGCCUCUGUCGUGUACAGCGAUACGAUCUGUGACCUGGGUGGGGUUAACGAGCUGGCCAAUUACGGCGAGUAUUCAGGAGCGCCGAGUGAACAGCAGACCUACGACUAUGCAAAGACCAUCCUGUCUCUGAUGACAAGGGACAAGCACCCUGAUGGAAAGGUUUUGAUCAUCGGCGGAAGCAUUGCAAACUUCACAAAUGUAGCGGCAACAUUCAAGGGGAUCGUUCGAGCUAUUAAAGACUAUCAGGGACCACUGAAGGAGCAUGAAGUCACUAUAUUUGUUCGUCGGGGCGGUCCCAAUUAUCAGGAGGGUCUCAGAGUGAUGGGAGAAGUUGGAAAAACCACCGGGAUCCCUAUUCACGUCUUUGGCACAGAAACCCACAUGACUGCCAUCGUUGGCAUGGCUCUGGGUCACCGGCCAAUUCCCAACCAGCCUCCCGUUGCUGCCCACACUGCCAACUUCCUCCUUAACUCCAGCAGCAGCACAUUGACUCCGACAUCCAGGAGAAAAGCCCCUUCUGAAAACAAAGCCAAUGUUGAGGGCUCGCCAGUCAAGAAGGUGAAAACUGGAGUGCCGGUUGCUAAGGCCUCUACCCUCUUCACCAAACACACAAAAGCUCUGGUGUGGGGUAUGCAGACUCGAGCAGUGCAGGGGAUGCUGGACUUCGACUACGUUUGCUCCAGGGAUGAGCCAUCCGUGUCCGCCCUGAUCUACCCUUUCACUGGUGACCACAAGCAGAAAUUCUACUGGGGCCAUAAAGAGAUCCUCAUCCCCGUGUAUAAAAACAUGAGCGACGCCAUGAAGAAGCACCCGGAUGUGGAUGUGCUCAUCAGUUUUGCCUCUUUGCGCUCAGCCUUCGAAAGCACCAUGGAGACCAUGCAGUACCCUCAGAUUCGAACCAUUGCCAUUAUUGCUGAGGGAAUCCCUGAAGCACACACAAGGAAGAUCAUUAAAGCUGCAGAUGAGAAAGGUGUCACCCUCAUUGGGCCUGCUACGGUUGGAGGGAUAAAGCCCGGCUGCUUCAAGAUUGGUAACACUGGAGGCAUGCUGGACAAUAUUCUGGCCUCCAAGCUCUACCGUCCGGGCAGCGUGGCCUACGUGUCCCGCUCGGGCGGCAUGUCCAACGAACUCAACAACAUCAUCUCCCGCACUACUGAUGGUGUGUUUGAGGGCGUGGCCAUCGGCGGCGACAGAUAUCCAGGCUCUGUGUUUACUGACCAUGUUCUGCGCUACCAAGACACUCCUGGAGUGAAGAUGAUUGUUGUGCUUGGAGAGAUUGGUGGGACAGAAGAAUACAAGAUUUGCCAGGCUAUUAAACAGGGCAGAAUUACCAAGCCAGUAGUGUGCUGGUGUAUUGGUACCUGCGCCACCAUGUUCUCCUCAGAGGUACAGUUUGGCCAUGCAGGAGCUUGUGCCAACCAGGCCUCUGAAACAGCUGUAGCCAAGAACAAGGCUCUGAAAGAGGCUGGUGCCUACGUCCCAAAGAGCUUUGAUGAGCUGGGAGAGGUCAUCAAAUCUGUGUAUGAUGACCUUGUUUCCAAAGGAGUAAUCCAGCCAGCUGAAGAGGUGCCUCCGCCCACCGUACCAAUGGAUUACUCAUGGGCGCGAGAGCUGGGUCUGAUACGUAAACCUGCUUCUUUUAUGACCAGCAUUUGUGACGAGAGAGGCCAAGAGCUCCUCUAUGCCGGCAUGCCCAUCACUGAGGUCUUCAAGUCAGAAAUUGGCCUGGGAGGAACUCUGGGCCUGCUUUGGUUCCAGCGGAGGCUCCCGAAGUACGCCUGUCAGUUUAUUGAGAUGUGCCUGAUGGUCACCGCGGAUCACGGCCCCGCUGUGUCCGGUGCACACAACACUAUCGUCUGUGCCCGAGCUGGCAAAGAUUUAAUCUCCAGCCUCACCUCUGGCCUCCUCACCAUUGGGGACAGAUUUGGAGGAGCUCUUGAUGCUGCUGCAAAGCAGUUCAGCCAUGCGUUUGAUAGCGGCAUGCUGCCCAUGGAGUUUGUCAACAAGAUGAAGAAGGACGGAAAGCUGAUCAUGGGCAUUGGACACAGGGUUAAGUCGAUAAACAAUCCCGACAUGAGAGUCCAGAUCUUAAAGGACUUUGCGAGGCAGAACUUUCCUUCCUCACAACUUCUAGACUAUGCUUUAGAAGUGGAGAAGAUCACCACCUCAAAAAAGCCCAACCUGAUCUUGAAUGUGGAUGGCCUCAUUGGUGUGGCGUUUGUGGACUUGCUCAGAACGUGUGGAGGAUUUACACGAGAUGAGGCAGAUGAGUUUGUUGAAAUCGGUGCCCUUAAUGGUAUCUUUGUCUUGGGACGCAGCAUGGGAUUCAUUGGACACUACCUGGACCAGAAGAGGCUGAAGCAGGGUCUCUAUCGCCACCCCUGGGAUGAUAUCUCCUAUGUGUUGCCAGAGCACAUGUCUAUAUAAUCAAAGAGACGAAACUGCUCCAUGCCAUCCAUCAGUGCCGCACUGUGAUCUGCCGCUUCAGAAACUAGAGGCAAUAUAUUAAGGGAAGAUGUUACAUAUAUUCUAGCUGUAAAUGUCAGACACUGGAGACUUUUCAGAGUAUAUUUUUAGUUUUAACAGCCAGUCACUGCAGCAGUUUUGUGAGUAUUACUAAAACCUGUUUAACUGUGAUGCUUCGAGGUCUGUCAAUGUGCUGCAGAGAGGCAAUGGGUUCAGCUACACAUGCUGGACACAACCACAACAAUUAGUACCAACCAGUGAGGUGCUGAAAUUUAGCUGCAACUAUAACAUCAACAUAUUUACUAAGUCUGUAUUCCAUACAACUGUCUAACUCUUACCCUCGUCGUCGUGCCAUUUGAAAAACUACAAAUUGAAAGUUUAGUGCAAAAGCGCAGAUCAAAUCCCAAGCUCUGCGUUUCUGUAUAAAUGUAUUUGUUUGUAAUGUUGCUGAAGCAGUGGAAUAAUUAAAAUGUUUGCUUUCCUGUGCCAAACUGAGAUGUAAUAUGUUAAGUAGGUAAGAGACUUCUUGUCUUGUGUUUCUGCUAAACACUGUUUGAUUCAUCAUUUCAAAUCUGAUCCUUCAUCUGUAAGUGUAACUUCUGUCACAUACAGUACCUUGCAUUAUCUAAUCACUUGUUAGACUCUGAGUGCGGGACAGAAUGUUCCAUCUAUCAUCUGUGGUGUCCUUUUUGUGAAUAUUACAAAAUGUAUCAGAUUUGCUUAAAUUUGAAAUUAUUUUAUCUGUUUUUAACCUUUCCAGUGUAACUACUGUGCCUCUCUAUACUUCCAUGUUGUAUGUUCACAACUGCUCUAGUGACAUAUAAGAAAUAAAAUGAACAUGAUGGGA